GCAACCAUCCCAUUCCCAUACAAAUGAAUACACUCAUUUGUAGGGGUGAGUGAGAUUUUGAACAUUGAACUUGGCUCGACAUAAUAACUACACAGGUGUAAUAACAUGUACUACGCAAUAAAUGGGACAAAUGUGGUUGUAACUACCAUGUUGGGUGUCAUCAUGAUUGCUCGGUUGUAUACCAUGUACGAGAGAUCUAGAAUGAUCCUUAUCAUCCUUGUUUUUAUCUUCCUGGCUGUUAACAUUGCCUGCGGAGUCAUGACGGCAAUAGGACUCAAGCAUUCUAUACUAGAGGAGCUGAUACUUUCUGGCACAUAUAUAUGCGAUCUCGGAUAUGAGGGAGAUGUCUGGCUUCUGAACUCAUUGAAUUGGAUGCUCUACACUGUUUGGGAGGUCCUCGCACUGUGUCUUUCAGUCUGGAUCGCUGUAAAACACUUUCGGGACCUGCAACGACUUGGUUCAUCUCGGACAAGGUCGACCAUCGGGGACUGUUUCAGAGUGCUGAUAAAAUCUCACGUGCUUUAUUUUGCAGGCUUCGUCUGUGUCUCUUGUCUUGAGCUUGCGAUUCUUUCUCCAGAGCUUUCGACUCUCACUCCAGGGCUCAUGAAUUCAACUUCUAUGGGCACUCAGAUACUUGUUGGUGUUCUUCCGAUUUUCUCGGGCGUGCAGAUGUUUGUUCUAGGACCACGCCUCAUCCUUAGCAUUCGAGAAUAUCACGCUAAAAUCGUGGCUAGCUCCGACGCAGAAACUAGCAUGACUUCGAUUGUCUUCCAGGAGCGUGUGUAUGUAUCAACUAGUAGUACUGUGUAGUGCCACACCAUAUUUAAGGACUUGAUAUCCGUGAAUCUGAUCUCUUCACCUACGGCA